AUGCACCGGGGGCGCCGACGCGGCACGGCCCAGACCGGCAACCAGGUGACGUUUGGCGACUACGGCCUGAAGGCCACGUCCAACGCCUGGGUUACGUCGAGACAGAUUGAGGCUGCCCGGCGAGCCAUAACGCGCCACUUCCGGCGCGGCGGGCAGGUGUGGAUUCGUGUCUUUCCGGACAAGCCCAUUACCUCCAAGCCGGCGGAGACCCGCAUGGGCAGCGGCAAAGGUAAUGUGGACUUCUGGGUCGCCGUGGUCAAGCCCGGCCGAGUGCUCUUUGAGGUGGCCGGAAUAAGGCAGGAGAUGGCUCAGGAGGCCCUCAGGCUGGCCUCACAGAAAUUGUCGCUUGGCUCGGAGUUGGACAGCUCCUACAGGGAGUUGAUGAACCUCCGCUUUCGCCUGAGCACUCGUCAGAUCGAUAGUCCCAAGGAGCUGAAGAACGUUAAGAAGACGAUAGCCCGCGUGAAGACGGUGAUGCGUCAGAGGGGCAUGAGGGAGAGAUAG